UACAGAUCGCGCCACAGUGAAACAUCUAGGCUUAAAGCUGGGUUGAAAUACAAAACACAAAUUUUCGGCUCAGCGCUGUUUAACAAUUGACAUCUUUAAACAGAACGACAACAGUGGUGAAGGAGCUUUUUAUGUUCGCCGAGGCGAGUUUUGGACACUGGCGUUAACUUCACGCAAUGGAAACUACUUUCUACGAUGACACUCUAAACAGCGCUUUCUCCCAGCAUGACAGCGCUACUUUUGGAUACAACCACAAGGCACUGAAACACAGCAUGACGCUGAAUCUGACCGACCCAGCCGGCAACCUGAAGCCCCACCUGAGAGCCAAAGCCAGCGACAUCCUGACCUCGCCCGAUGUGGGACUGCUCAAGCUGGCUUCUCCGGAGUUGGAAAGGCUUAUUAUCCAGUCCAGUAACGGCAUGAUAACCACAACGCCGACUCCGACUCAGUUUCUCUGUCCUAAGAAUGUGACGGAUGAGCAGGAGGGUUUCGCGGAAGGGUUCGUGAGGGCACUGGCCGAGCUGCAUCACCAACACAUGCCCAGCGUCACCUCCGCUCCCCAGACGACCAUCAACAACACCAUGGCGCCCGCCUCGUCUAUGGCAAGUGGUGCGGUUUACAGCGCAGCCAUGCGCUCGGAUCCCCCUGUGUAUGCGGACCUGAACACUUUUAACCCUGCUAACACCAGUGCGCCCUCGGCGACACCGAGUUUCAGCACCGCCAACCCCGCUGUGAGCUACACGACAGCACCGCAACAGCACACGAUGAGCACGCAACUGCCCGUCCAGCACCCGAGACUUCAGGCGCUGAAAGAGGAACCCCAGACGGUGCCGGAGAUGCCCGGAGAGACCCCUCCUCUCUCUCCCAUCAACAUGGAGAGCCAGGAGCGGAUUAAAGCCGAGAGAAAGCGCAUGAGGAACCGGAUCGCCGCUUCCAAAUGCCGGAAGAGGAAACUUGAGAGGAUCUCCCGGCUGGAGGACAAAGUCAAGAACCUGAAGUCGCAGAACUCGGAGCUGGCAUCUACCGCCAACAUGCUGCGCGAACAAGUGGCACAGCUCAAGCAGAAAGUCAUGAACCACGUCAACAGCGGCUGCCAACUUAUGUUGACACAGCAGCUGCAGACGUUCUGAGAAGAACGAAAAUACUUUCGAGUUUAACUUAAAUAGAAGCAAAGGACAAACUUCUUGGGCUUCAAGCAAGCAUGACUGCUGCCAUUGGCCCACUGGGACCGGGACUGUCCGGCCGAGCGCCUUGCGCUUUGGUGCGUAAAAGGAUGUUCUGACUGGACUUUUGGGGAGUACAAAACUUCACAAACUCGGUCUAAUAGAGACAGAGGGCAUGAGACUCACUCUGUUACAUCUUUUACUUUCUGAUGAGAAAAGAGACUUAACAUUGUUCAAUUUGACCAGAUGGUGCAUGGACCUAUGCUUAACGGAGCACUCAGUAUUAUGGAAGAAUAGAGGGGACAUGAGUAUAAUACAAUAAUAAGGAUAUAAAUGUCUGGCGCACCAAGCGGGAAGUCUGUCCUCUAAACAUUUGAUAAAGCUGCCAGACUUCUGAGUUACAUUGCACGUUUUGUGCUUAAACUGAAUGAAAUUGACUUUUUCUUUGAGUUAGUCAAACUUCAGCUGUUGCCUUUUUUUUUUAAGUCCAUUAAUGAGGUUUCACUCAUUGUUAUUUGUAAAUAAGAUCAACCAUGCAGGAGUACUUAGGUUUACCAUUUGUAAGUAAAGUACAAUAUCAUUUU